CCAGUUCGCUCUCGACUGAUCUGUUUCAUCCGACUCUUCCAACAGCUCGGAAAUGUCGAGGAAAUCGAUCAGAAAAAGCAGCCGCGCCAUCGAUGCCCGUUCUCAGCAAACUUUGCGGCGAUCUCUCCGCCUUAUUUCAUCCGAGACAAUCGGAAAAGUUUCAUCGUUGCAACUCGUCGACGGUAAGGAGUCUGUAGAAACGCAUCUCGGAAACCUCUCGGAAAUGUCGAUGAAAAGUAAGCCCAGAGUCGGCACCCACCAAACUAUUCUCCGGCGAUCCAACCGAUUCCUUCCACCCGAAAAGUUGAAGCCAGAAAUUUCUUCGCGGAAUUCAAACUUCUGUAUGAAAUCAGUAGAAAUCCAUCCGGACUCUCUCUCCAUUACUUCCCAAUCGAAGGAAACAGCUUCUUCCAGAAAGAUUAGGGCAGCGAUUCGCGGGAAAAGUCAGCUGAAGCUGUCGAGAUCGAAGUCUGGCGUGGUUCUUGAAGAGACACAGAGUGGCCUUAGGCGAUCUCUGAGGUUAUCUUCCCAAACUGGAAGUAAAGUUUUUGAAAUCCCGCAAGGGUUUCCUGAUGGGAACCAAAGGCGACAGUCAAUGAGGUUACUUGGCCUAGCUCCUGUUACUGCAGAACAUGUGGGGGCAAGGAUUGAAAGCCGUAGACCUAGUCAUGAGGUCGAGCAUAAUAAACCUUUUAAAGUGGAUUGCAAGGUUGUAGCCACGAGGCGUUCUAUGGAGCCGGUUUCAGUUACUACUAGAGCCAGAAAAGAAUGGAACCAACCGGAAACCAUUGCUGAGUCAAACCCCGAGCUGGUUUCAGUUACUAGCAGGGACAGAAAAGAAUGCAAUAAACUGGAAGCCAUUUCCGAGCCAAUGCCAGAGAUGGUUCCCAAAAAGGAAUGCAAACCUUUGAGCUCUCAGAUCAGAAGAUCAUCUCCUAGAUUUAUGUCAGCAUCAAAUGGAUUAAUGAAGAGCGGAGCCACUUUGAAGAUGCCAUAUAAAGUGGAGGUGGUUGCUGAAAGGCUUAAUGCUGACGGUAGAGACUUGGUUUUAGAAAGUGGAGUAGAAGAUGCCUUUGUGAUCACAAAGAAAGCUGACCUUCACAAUGCUAAGAGGACAAAAACGGAAGAACAUGAAAUGGAGGAUAGAGUUGAAAAGAAAAAUAAUGAAGAAUGCUGUGGUACGGUAGCUUGGAACAAUGAACAAGAAGAAGCACUACAGAAGGCCUAUUUAAUAGCAAAACCGUCUCCCCAUUUUUGGAAGAAAGUUUCCAGAAUGGUGCCCGGAAAAUCAGCCCAGGAAUGCUUCGAUAAAAUCCAUGCCAGCAUCGCAACCCCACUUUCCUCUCAACCUCGGCCAAGGACAAAAAAUCAAAUUCCAUCUCCAAUAACCAACUUCAACUUCUCAGCCAAUAUUUUACCACAAGUUCCAGAAAUCGAAGCUGGAAGACUCAGAAGAUGCAGAGCUAAGAAGCUUGCUGCACAAAAGACUGUGAGGCUUCUCCUAAGGAAGCAUCGCCUCACCGAUCUAACAAAACCAGCAGACCAUUUCUCUCUUCUAGAAUCUUCUCCAAUCAAAAUUGCAGUGAAUGCACUGAAUACUACUUCAACUUCUCCUUUACUUUCUCAACAAUCUGUUGAGAAAUUCUCAGCUAACUCAAAGAUGCUCUCAAGGUUCAAACUAUUAACUUCUCCAGAUGGUCCCAGUCCCCAAGUUUUGAAGCAGAUAAAGAAUAGAGCUUUGCAUGAUAGAUACAUUGACCAGCUGCAUCACAGGGAAGCUAGGAGAGUGAAGCUUGCCAAAAAAUCAGAAGUUGAAGAUUUAGGCAACAGAAAGUGUUUGAGCAAGCCGGAGCGCGGCGCUCUGAAAGCGGCGAGGUCGGCUCUCAUCUCUGAUGCUAAAUCUUUUAUCCACCACUUCCAGAAUAGUGUAGCAAACCCCAUGGAUGAAUUUGAUGCAGAUUACAGUGAUGAUGGUGAUGAUGAUAUUGAUGUUGGUGAUCUUGAUGAAUGAAAUGAUGCUGCUGCUGUUUGUAAAUGUUUGAUCAUGUGUAACAUUAACAACUAAAUUCUUAGCAGCUUUUAAUGGUGUCAUUUGUAAUAAACAUUUUUUUGCAGUAGGCUAAAAAGCAGUUUUACUCUUAGAUUAUUAAUGCUAAAGUA